UUCUGGUACUACCUACCAGAUCUCUCUGAUGGCAUUGUGCUGUACGUGCAAGACAAACCAAUAUUGAAGGGUAAUGGUGUGUGGAAGAAAUACCAAGAGGAGCACCAGACAUUCUGGGAAGAUCCUAUUGUCGCAGUUUCCGGACUCAAUCCAAAAGGUUUCAUUGCAAUCGACGACGUGUUUAUCAGCAAGUUGGCCUGCGAUGAGACAACGUCCUCAACAGAGAGGUUUGACUGCGGCAACCAGACUGUAACCGUUGAGCGGGUGUGCGACUUUGUGGUCGACUGCGAUAACGGCGACGACGAGCGAGACUGCGGCGAGUGCGAUUUCAGCGAAAGCUUGUGUGGUUGGCACACCAAUGACAAACUGAAUCAUGGCGCUAUGUCGUGGCGGCGCUCUGCCGUAGGAAGUGUCGAGAACUCUCCUCCAAUAGGGGCGGACGGCCGUCGACAUGGGUACUACCUCGUCCUUUAUUCCAACCGCACUAGGGCCGCGGGCACAACUGGACACUCAAGAAUUUUUUCUCCGGCAAUCAGGAAUACCAACAAAUUGUGUACUUUCAACUUUUGGUACAACUACUUUUUCAAUGGCAGCAAAUUGGCCCUCGACCUGUACAUGGACCUCGGUGGUGAUAUUUUUCCAGUGUGGACACUUGAUGCAUUGAGUGAAAUCCCCGAAGAAGGAACGUGGAAUGAAGCAGUUGUAGAAAUCGGGCGCUACCCGUCAGAAGUCAGCUUCUUUUUCGCCAGCAGUCAUCGUUCGAAAUCAUCAUCUGUGUUCGCCGUAGACCACAUAACGUUCAGUGACUGCGCUUUGCCAGCAAAAGAAGGCAACUGCUCUGAUGCGGAUUUCUCCUGUACAAAUGGAGCCUGUGUAAUGAAGUACGAGCGGUGCAACUACGUGGACGACUGUGGUGACAGCAGCGAUGAACGAAACUGUGGUGACCACAGACUGAGCUGCAGUUUCGAACCCUCCUUUUGCGACUGGGUGCCGCAAGCCCCACCUGAUGGAACCAAGAGUACGUGGUGUUUGACUCGUCCGUCAUCGUCUCUAAUAGAGUCACCAACACGAGAUCACACGACAAGCUCCCCUGAAGGACAUUUUAUCAUGUUCGAGUCUCCUUCGAAAGUAGAGAAUGCGACCAUCAUAGGUCCAACUCUCGACAACUCCUCGUAUUGUGCCGUGACGUUUUUCUAUGCGAUGCAAGGAAGAAGCAGGCCGCGGCUUUCGCUUGGCAUCCGCUCAACUAAAGAUGGACCAUGGACUACAGUUUGGAAGCAGUCCAGGACAAGCAAAUUCUUUCACUUUGUGGGCGUCAGCGCCGUAUUCAAGAGUGGCGCUCCUUAUCAGGUUGCUUUCAUAGGAGAACAUACAACGCCUGAAAAACAUGGCUACAUCGCUAUUGACGACGUCCAUUUCUGGGAGAGCUGCAAAGCAAUGCAAGAAGAACUGCCAGCCGCACCUGUGCCAACCGUGCCUCCUUUUGUAUGCGGAGUAAACGAGUUCCAAUGCGAUGGUCUCAACGAAUGCAUUCAAAACUCCCAGGUGUGCGAUUUCAAGACAGACUGCUCCAACGGAGCUGACGAAUCUCGAUGUGGCUUCUGUGAUUUCACCACGGACUUGUGCGGCCUUGAGAAUAAGGACUCGAGCGCGCGAUACGGAUGGAACUGGACGGCGGUGCAAGACGGCAAAAAGAAUAAGGGCUUCCCGACCACGGACAGCCAAUUAAGUGACCAAGGAGCUUACGCUGCGUAUUCCCUGCUUAAUCGAGAGGCGCCAGAAGGCACCAUGACGGCUUUGGUUACGCCGAAGAUGGGUGAAAUUGCACACUCCUGCGUCAUAAGUUUUUAUGCCUACAUUCCCGCCAAACGAAGUGCGCAACUGACUUUCGGACUUCAACAUCGUCCGGUCGACCGGACCAGACGGCGCGCUUUCAGAGCUCUGGCAACUAUAGCCGCAGCGGAAGUCUCCGGGAAAUGGGUCAAGCUUUCAGUAAAAACUGGAAACUGGAAAACUGGAGUUCAGUUCGUGUACAUGGCAAACACUGCUGGCGUGAGCAUAGACCGACCCGAGCACAACAUGUGUCACCCAGAUACUCAAAGUGAAGGAUGGGAAGCGGCUCGUCAAGUAAGUUGCGACUUCUCCGACUACACGGAAUGCGGCUGGUUCCCAGAGAAUCUGGAGGAUGACACGAAGUGGCUUCCCCAUACCGGAGCUUCUAAGCUUCCCGGGCUCCCAUGGCGGCCCGUUGGCAGUGCCUCCCACAAAGGAGCCUACAUCUAUGCCAUCAACACCGCGCCGAGGAUAAGUACUGCCCGCCUCGUUUCCGUCCGUAUGAGUCCAACUCCAGACACUGGCCGUUGCUUCACAUUUUGGUACAACAUGUGGCACCCGAACGUCGGCACGCUCAAACUUUUGCGGCGCGUGGCUAACUCGUCCGAUGAUCUGCUGUGGAUGCGCCAAGGUCCGCAGGGCAAGGAGUGGAAGCGAGGUCGGGUACAGCUGUACUCCGAAGAUCCUCAUCAGCUUGUGUUUGAAGCUCUGCUGAACUCCAGCACUCCCGGUGUGAUCGCCAUCGACAAUUUCGUCCUCAACGACAGCCGCUGUGACAACGAAAAACACGGAGUAUGCGACUUUGAGUCCGACAUGUGCGGAUGGCAGUUGCACAACUGGGAGCGCACGACGUCGACAAUCGUCGGACUGCCCGCUGCUGAUUGCACCACUCGGUCACCUUCAGGAAACUUCGCCUUGGCAAAGGCACCUGGUGGCCGCAUGGUUAGUCCUAGAGGUUGGUACGACGUGACUAAGCACAAGUGUUUGCGGUUCUGGUUCUUCAUGUCGGGAAGUUCAGCGGAAACGCUGAACGUCACCAGAGUGCUGCACGAAAAUCAGGAGGAGUCUCUUUGGCUUGGCACCACAUUUGACGCGCCAACGCAGCAAUGGUUCUCGGCAUCUGUCAACCUACCUACUUCCAAAGAAGAACUCACGAUCGUUUACGACGCAGUGACUUCUGGUAAUCUUGGCAGCGCAGUAGCCGUGGACGAUAUCAGCCUCGGUAAUCUGCUUUGUCCCCCUCCUGGAAGCUGCUCCUUCGAAGAGGACAUGUGUAAUUGGUUCAAUGCCAGGAACUUUAAUAACGCACGAUGGUACCGUCACCGAGGUUUUACCGUUUCCAAUUUGACUGGCGUAGAGAAGGAUCACACGCUAGGCACGAAAGAUGGAUACUACCUCCUCCUCGAUGCAGAAGAUAUGGCUGCAAGAUCACUUGGCAGUGUGCAGAGUCAGGCUCUCGCCUUAGGCCCUGCUGUGUGUUUAAGACUCUACUAUAAUAUGAAGCAGAACUCGGGAGCAUCGUUGAGUGUGGGAUUUCUCGACGAGCGCCGCCACUUGGACGGACAAACAACGACGGUGCAGGCGACUGCGCCCAGCCAAUGGACCUUGCUCACCGUAGAACGAGCUGAUCUUCCUCGCGUGUUCACGGUUGUAAUUACCGGCCGGACCGAAGGGGGAAGCAGUGACGUCGCCAUCGAUGACAUUGACGUGCGUCGUGGCAAAUGCGAAGGGAAACAACUUACUUCAAAAGCUCCUGUACCUGCAACCGCAGCUUCCGACAGCCCUACCACGGCACCAGUUACACAGCACAUGUCCUCACCACAAACCGUCACCCCAGAACCACCUCCUGCUCCCACAAAAGAGGUUACUCGGGCACCAUUGACGAGUCAAGCUCCGGCUACCCCCCAGCCGCCAUUUGCUAUGGAGUGCAAACGUGGUCAUUUCAACUGCCAUGACGGAGAGAGUUGCAUUCCAGGGUCACUGCUCUGCGACGGCGUUAAGGACUGUCCCAACGGACUUGACGAGAAAUGCGGGAGCAGUGCACUGUGCAAAGAAAAUGAAUUUUUCUGCGUCACUCGAUCACCUAGCACUUGCCUUGCACGUUCCCUACUCUGUAAUGGUCUGGAAGACUGCGCCGGAGGCUCAGAUGAAGGUUUGUGCGGAGAGUGUCCACCAUAUUUCUGCCUGAAUGGUGGCACAUGCCAAUGGACGUCGUCCGCACGAAACCCCACUUGCGACUGCCGUCGUGGGUACGAGGGCCAUCGCUGUCAGUUAAUAGCCAACAGUGUUGCAGAGGAGAACAAGGUCACAGAAAAAGCAACUGGAUCUGCUGGCGCCGUUGCUACUGGAGUCAUAGUUGUCAUUGCUAUCAUUGUAAUAGCCAUAGCAGUCACAGUCAUCCUGGUGAGAAGGCGGCGCAUCACGACGAACUCCCCAGUCUACGACAAUCCAUCAUACGAUGCUUCGACUGAUGAAACAAAACUCUUCAACGAACAGGCCACAUGACUGCGCCAGCAUCUGGAUGAAAGGCCUACUUUUUUGCUGCAUAGACGCGGCUAGCGGAUACUUAUUUGCCUUAUUUAUAGUAUGUUUUAACAGAUUUGUUCGUGUUCGCAAAAAAAGUAAAGUAUAUGGCAAAAUGCAUUCUGGCUGUCGGGCUGAGCUAUAGUGCUCAGCUACACAAGGUAUGCAGGGAAUCAGUUAUCUUAGGAGAUGGCCAUAGGGACAACCUUCUUGUACGUGUGAGCGCCGAAAAAAAUUCCCUAAAGAAACAGACUUAUGCGUUACCACUACGUCAUAAAACCUUGUUGAACUAUGGGCAAGAUCACCUCACUUGUAGCAGACAAGUAUCGGGAAUAGGCAACUGCUGACAUUAUACAAGAAACAUAUAAGGAACGAAAACAUUGUAAUUCAUAUUGUGAACAAUAAAAUAUCUGAUAGCGUGGGAGAUGAGAUAAUAUUUUAGCCAGAGCUGUACAUUAGUAUCGCUAGAGAAACGUAUGGUAAUGCUACCCGCUUACACCAGCAUUACGGUCAUUUCGACAGCAUGCGAAUGAUGGAGCACUACGUGCACUUAGUAAAACAAUUUUCUUAAGGAGUCCAACAACCCUGUGGACUUUCGCGUUAACCUUCCUGACGCUCAACUACUGUCCUGAUUUUGUUAGAUGAAAAUAACUAGUGGAAGUUAGCCUAGGAUUCCUGCUAUUAUAUGGAUCUGUGAAUGUUAGAAAUACUUUUUUUGAAAAUUCAAAAACCAUUAUUGCUUGUUAACAGCUGCUUAGCAAAAAUAAAUAUAUUAAGCGACUUGCGAAUUUCA